GGGAGAGAGCUGACACAAGGGCAACGACGCACUCACAGUGAAAUCCGUCCCGAUCGAUGCAGCUCCUGGGCGCCAUGAAGGGCGUGACCGCGCCGCCCAACGGCAACGCGCUCUUCUCGGGCGUGUCGCUGCGCUCUCGGCGGCGGCGUACCAAGCCCGACGAGGACGGUAGCGGACGUGGCGGCAUCAGUAUCGGCUUCCGUCGCAGCUCCAGCGCCAGCGGAGACAGCAGCAGCGCCAUGGACACGCCGCCCGCCCCCGUGGAGAUCCGUCCGCGAACAGCCACCCGCACGACGCCCACGUUCAACCCUCCAGUGUAUCCCAAGCAUGACGUAGCGGUGCAUGGCUCCAUGCCAUUGGAUACAAUUUCCAAGAGCGCGCCGCCCCAUGUGGCAGUGCGGUACGGCGACACGAUCCGCCUCUUUGCACGCAGUAAAUACGCCUGCGUCGAGGACUCGGGGGGAUAUGUGGGUACAUUCGAAGGCAAUAAGCGGUUCCUGGCCUCCAAGAACCCGCAGAAGCAGGACGAACUGGCCUGCAUUCCACCCAUUGCUGCAUGUGGAGCCAAGCAGUUUAAACCUUCAACGUUUGUCAUUUUGUCCUACUGCGGACUGGGCGUCGGAACGCCCGUAAGCUACGGAGACGUCGUGGUGCUCGUGGAUGCUGACGGACGAGUCUGGAACAACAAAAUGGGCGUCGGCCCCAGUACCAAAAAUGGGUGCUUUGGUCCAAAAGAAGCCAAUACGCCGGGUGAAAUGUACUUGUCGUUCUACCAGCUCCAGACAGGAGAAGAAGGAGACGACGGCAGCUCGGAGUCGUCCGAUGAAGAAGAUAAUUUCCUAUUUUUCAGUAAUUUAGCCAAGACGACCAAGACGAUGGCGGAAACGACGUUCGGUAAACCGACUCAAGUGGAACUGCAUUUGGCUACAGCUGCGUUACGGACGAUGGGCAAGGUUAUGUAUUAUGGGGACCGCAACAUCAUCAUCGACGUGGCAGACUCGAACCGAGUGCGAUCCAAGUUUAACCGCGUUAUCACGCACUUUAGCAAACAGCAGGAGUCGGCACCAGUGCAGGGAGGAUUCCUACGAUGUGACGGUCGUGGCAAAACGAUUUUGUUCGAGAUGCACGGCCAGGAACUCCCUACAAUCAAGGCGAUCGAUCUUAAGGACGUUAAGAAGGAGGAUUUAAACAUUAACGACCCGGAUAUGGACGUCAAGAGAGCAAAUGAGAAUGCACUGCAGACUUCAAGUGCUCGGGUGUUGGUGUCCACGAGAACGGACGUCGAAGUUGGCAGUCCGCUGUUACUACAGGACGUACGUCGCUCGAUGGUAUUGGUACUACGCUUCUCAGACGGCGGACGGGUGCGUGUACCGUGCGAGCGGUUCUUGAAGCAUGAAGGUCGGGCAUUUUAUCGUGUGGUGCUCAAUGGAAAGCGCCCCAUGCGUGUUCUUGUUCGUGCUACCCGCGCGUUGGGUCGAAAGAAAGUGGAUAUUCGAGGCACAUUCCGAGGCACUUAUCGGCAGAUUUUCAAGCUUUCGUGUGGUAUCGUUCUUGCGUAUUUGGCUGCAGCGUCGGUGUUCACACACGUGUUUGGGUCGAUGGUGGUUCUCCCCGCUAUCUACGUUGGUCUUGUUGCUGCUAUUGUGGUGUUUUUGGUCGAAGUAUUCUUCCCUGGCAAGGUGGUCACGGCCAGGCAGUUAAAACCGGCGGAUGAAGAGCAUUCACGCUACUUUCUUGGAAACUGGAACUUUACGGUCGUGGCGCUAGAAGCCUCAGAGUCGGAACGACUGGAGAAAAUCGAUAGUGAAAUGAAGUCACUACAGAAGAUGGCGUCAAUGAAAGUCCCACGUGCCUUCCUGGUUGCAGAAAGUGGCGAUGUUAUCAAGGCGACUGAGCGGUAUGAGGCCACGCUGGCGUGGAGGAAGGAAGUGAUGGCAGAUUCCAUUCUAUCCAUGCCACAAACGCACUAUGACACAAUCAAAGCAAAUUACACGCAGUUCCUCCACAAGCACGACAAACUUGGCCAUCCUCUGUAUAUUGAGAAGGUCGGUUCGAUCAACAUCCCGCAACUUAAGAAACUCGGAGUCUCACAGGACACACUCUUCAAACACUAUUUAUUCGCCAUGGAGUUCACGCUCAAGUACGCGGCGCAUCAAAUCUGUCCGUGUGACGCGUGUGCUGCAAGUGAGACGCAGAAGAUGUGCAUCAUUCUAGACGCGCGAGGCAUCGGCAUGCGCGAUAUGGGCGGAGAAGUGUUCGAGUUCAUCCGUCGUUGCACGGGUGUGAUGCAGCGGCAUUAUCCGCAGCGGUCGUUCAAGAUUUUCAUCGUGAAUGUGCCGUCUUGGUUCGGAAUGGCGUGGAAAGGUGUGAAGCCGCUGUUGAACGAGGCCACACGCGCGAAGACUAACAUUCUGACAGAGAGUGAGACUGCUGCGACGUUGCUGGAAUUCAUCGACGCUGAUAAUUUGCCGGUAGAAUACGGCGGAACGUGUGCGUGCGUGGGUGGAUGCGAGAAAAAUUCCUCGUACCAGCGGCUCCAACGAGCGUUGGUUGAAAGUGUGUUGGAGUGCAAAACGUUCGAGUCCGAGGAGCUGGUCCGUACCAUUUCUCUUGAGCGUUCUGGCAACAGUUCCCCAAUCAGGGAAGAUACGACGCCAUCACCGUCGUUGUCGCGUUCUUCUAGAGGAUCGAUCAAGAGAGAGUCAUCAAGCACCGUUCUGGACCAGCUUUUCCGUGUCGGUUUGGUGCGAUCGCCAGGACGAUCGAACAGUUAACUCAUGACGUGAUCACUGUGUGUGGCCAUUUCGAAAAAGUAGAUUAGAAUGAACAAUACGUUGGGUUUAAGAAAUGAGAUCAAUUUGUAGAAAAGGCA